AUGCGAUUAUUUUCAUGGGCAGACAUUGCCCGUCGAGCGCGCACAAAACAAAAGAACAAGCGCUUGUCAUAUUUUACUCACGUUUCUCCAGCUAUGGUCACAGUAAGGUGUUACACUGGCUACUUGGUGCGACGCCCAUUUGACCCACCCAGCGUUGUCAUUGGAAGAACCCACUAUUUUCCGCGUGAGCCUCGCAUCCUUCAGUACACAACCUCCUUGGCGAACGCUACAUCACCAACAAGAUCAUGGUCUCUCAGAUUAAGCAAGUCUUCAAGCGCUACGGGCAAACGGCUUUCCUCUUCCACUCGACGGUUUAUCGCGACGUUGGCGGGAUCAUACGCCGCCAUUCAGCAGGGUGUUGACCUGAGGACUCUGGCCAAGCGCGUGCCCUUUGUGGAUCUCUCCAGACUCGACAGUGAUACCGGCACAUUGGCGCUUGCGUAUGUAUCCACCGUUGCCACAGGCCCACCCAGGUGCGCACUUACAAUCGCAGCGUCACCAGUCCUUGCUCGACUGCUUUCAAGAAGUCGCGGUAUUCCCAGUAAGAGCGGCAAGCAGCGCAAACGAACGCACAAAGGCUAA